AUGGUAUCAAAAAUUAAACCACAACAAAAUAAUAAUAAUAAUAAUAAUAAUAAUAAAAAAAAACAACAAAAAUCAAAACAAACUCAAAAAAUAAAACAAAAAAAAGAACAAGAAGAAAUACUAAAGUUUAAGAAUAAUACAUUAGGUGCAUUUUCGGUACUUGAAGAUCAAUUUAUUUUAAAUGAAAUUCUUUCAGAGUUUUCAUGUGAAGAAUUAAUUAAAUACCAGGGAAUUAGUGCAGGAUUUUAUAUAUUAUGUAAUGAUGAUAGAUUAUGGAAAGAUGCAUUCUUUAAACAAAUAAAAGAUAGAAAAGAACAAGUUAAAUAUAUUCAAAAUUGGAAAAUUUCAGCUAUAUCUUUUCUCUACCCAAAUAAUUUUCAAUAUACAUCACCAUAUAUUCAAUUAUCUUUUCCAAAAUUCCAAUCACACGAAAUUUAUACAAGAUGGUUAAGAAGACAUAUGAGUGUCAGGAAUUAUGGGUUCGAUUUAGGACAUGUCAAACAUAUUGACAGUAAUAGUUUAACAGUAGAAGAGUUUAUUAGGGAUUUCGAAACCCCAAAUAUACCAGUAAUUUUCAAAGGGGCUCAAGAUGGUACCGGAUGUAUGAAUGGUGAAUGGACAACUGAGAAAUUAAUUGAAAAGUAUGGUGAUACAAUUUUUAAAAUUGCCCAUCAAGACAAUAAAAGAAUUCAAAUGACCUUUAGAGACUAUGUACAAUAUAUGAAGACUCAAAAUGAUGAAGAGCCACUUUAUGUUUUUGACCAAGCAUUUGGCGAAAAAGCUCCAUCACUUUUAGAACAAUAUAAAGUACCAAAAUAUUUCCCAGAGGAUCUCUUUCAAUAUUCAGGUCCAGAAGAAAGACCUCAUUUUAGAUGGCUUGUUAUUGGUCCAGAAAGAAGUGGUGCCUCUUGGCAUAUUGACCCAGCUGGCACUAGUGCGUGGAAUUCAUUGAUUAGUGGUAAAAAGAGAUGGUUAAUGUAUCCACCAGCUUUUACUCCAUACACAGUCGAUUUAGAGGAUUUCGAAGAAAAGAUUUAUGGGUCUCCACCAUCAUUACUCUGGCUAUUAGAAGUAUAUCCAUAUUUACCACCAGAUUAUAGACCAAUCGAGUGUAUCCAAGAGCCAGGUGAAACUAUUUUUGUACCAGGUGGCUGGUGGCAUAUGGUUUUAAAUUUAGAAGAAUCUAUUGCUGUUACACAAAACUUUUGUGAUUCACAAAACUUUACUCAAGUGUGUCAAGAUUUAUCAGGUACUGAGCACGAUCGUAAAGACUAUGACCAAUUUAAACAACAUUUACUUAGAGAAAAGCCAGAGUUUACAGAAAAGUUUAAAGAGUUUGAAUUUAAAAAUAAUCAAUUUGUACACUCAUUUGACGAUGAAAAGUAUUGGAACCCAAUUGUAAUCAAAUUAUUAAAAUAUAAUAAACUUAUUGAUCAAGAUAUUCAAGAGUCCUCAUUAGAUAUUCAAAUGCCAACAUCAGGUCAAAGUCCAGUAUUUAUUGUUGACAAUAAAUUUGUGGUUAAAUUUUAUUGUUCAGAAUUGUCUGGUGGUGAAAAAUCAUGGUCCAAUGAGAUUUAUGUCUAUUUAAAAAUUAAAGAAAAUGAAAUUUUACACUCAAGAUUCCCAAAAUUACUCAGUAGUGGUAAAAUCAAUCAAGUUUUAGAAACACCAGUAAAUGAAGAUGAAUGGAAAUGGCCUUAUAUUGUUACCGAAUUUUUACAAGAUAAAUUAAAUUUACAAGAUGUACAAGAGGUUCCUGAAGCAUUACCAUAUCCUUAUAAUUUUCCAUCACCAGACGAUGAUGAAAACGAUGAUGAGGACGAUGAUGAAGAGGAAGAUACCUUAAUUGCAGAAGAAAAAUUAAUUGAAUUUUUAAAUCAAACAGUUUAUCAACUUCAUUCAAUUGAUAUAGACCAAUCCAAUGCCGAUUCAAAUCAAAAUAUUAAAGAUUUUUAUUCAUCAGGUAGUGAUAAAUGGUUACCAUGGAAGAAAUAUUUAAAAGAAAUCGAAAAAAAAUAUAUUUAUAAUCAUUGGAAUUGGAAUGGUUUACCAGUACAUAUUCGUUCACAAAUGGAAUCAUAUUUACCAAAUGAUAUUUAUCAAUUAAUUGAUACAACUUUAGAGCCAUGUUUUAUUCAUGGUGAUUUAACUGAUGAAAAUGUUUUGGGAAUUGAAAAGUCAACUGUAAUUUUAAAUAAACAACCACAACCCCCAACAAAUAAAAUUAAAAAUUCAAAAAAAAUUCAAUUUCAAAAUAAAAUAAAACCAUCAAAUACUAAAACCGUAAAUAUAUGGGAGCCAACCCAUUUAAUAGAUUUAGGUGAUUCUCAAAUUGGUGAUCGUUGGUAUGAAUUGGUUUCAUUGCACAUCUCUUUAUUUGCCGGUAAUAAAACAAGACUCAGAUCAUUUUUAGAAAAUUAUAAAUUAAAAUUUAUAGAUGGAUCAAGUAAAUCAUGGUUGGAAUAUUAUAAUCAAAAUCCAGAAUCAUUCAUUAAAAGAGCAAUGUCCUAUACUUUAAUCCAUCACUGCGAUGCAAUCACAACUAUUACCAGACAUUACCCCAAUUAUAGAAAUGCACAAAAUAUAAACGAAUUAUCAAAAUUAAUUUGGGAAUUAUAA